GUUUUUACGCACGGCGUUCCGUUGUAGCUUCGUUGCGCUCUGCUGAGGCAGGCAGCGGUUCAGUCCAUUGGCAGCUGUGGAGUAUGGGCUGGACCUGUUACUAGGUGGGGUUUACCAUGAGUAUAAAUAUACUCUCUCCAACGCUACAACGCCCCUGGAACCUCAGUGAGACAAACUUCUUCCUUCUAAGGCUACACGACAGACUCCAGCAGUUCCACCAUGUCUUUCAUCCAAGCCUUCUUGCAGCAGACCGUUUAUAUGGGCAUGCCCGAUGACUCAGUCCUAAAGAAAGAGGGGACGGUGACUGCAGCACCCAAUUUCAACCCCAGUGGAGAUGCAGCAGUCUUGGACAAGGCCAUCAAGGCGAAAGGUGUGGAUGAGAACACCAUAAUUGAAAUUCUGGUGAAGAGGAGCAACGAGCAGAGACAGAAGGUCAAAGAGGCUUACCAGCAGGCCAGUGGCAAGCCUCUGGAAACAGCACUGAAGAACGCUCUGAGCGGAGAUCUGGAGGAUGUGGUGUUAGCUCUGCUGAAAACACCGGCCCAGUACGAUGCCCAGCAGCUCAAACUGGCUAUGAAGGGUCUGGGCACAGACGAGGACACCCUGAUAGAGAUUCUGGCUUCCCGAAACAACAGGGAGCUCCUGGAAAUAAAGAGAGCCUACAAGGAAGACUACAAGAAGGAGCUGGAGGACGACAUCAAGUCUGACACUGGGGGAGAGUUCAGGGCUGCCCUCCUUUCACUCUGCAAGGCCAGCAGGACUGAAGGAGUUUGUGAGCAGCUGGUUGACAGCGAUGCCAGGGCUCUGUACGAGGCUGGGGAGGGGAGGAAAGGCAAAGACUGCUCCGUCUUCAUUGACAUCCUCACCACCAGGAGUGCCUCUCAUCUCCGUAAAGUAUUUGAUAGGUACUCAAAGUACAGCAAAGUGGACGUGGCCAAAGCUAUCGACCUGGAGAUGAAGGGAGAUAUUGAAAGUUGUCUCACAGCAGUAGUGAAGUGUGCUGGAAGCAGGCCUGCUUUCUUUGCUGAGAAGCUCUACUUGGCUAUGAAGGGUAAAGGCACCCGCAAAAAUAUCCUGACCCGCAUCAUGGUGAGCCGCUCUGAAAUAGACAUGAAACGGAUCAAGGAUGAGUACAAGAAAAACUACAGCAAAACACUCGCCCAGGAUAUUCUGGAUGACACUAAAGGAGACUAUGAGAAGAUUCUGCUCGCUCUCUGUGGGGAUGAAAACUAAUAGCCAAUCAGUGGGAUCAAGGCUCAUACAACUGAAGAUCCAGCUGUGGAAAAUAACCUAUAAUCUCAUGACACAUAUUGUACCCUAUGCUCUUGUGGAGAACUGACAAGACUGUGUUUCUUUUUGUAUUUCAUGACAUUUAGAAGAUAUUAACAGUAAUGAGCGAAGAUUAACAUGGAAUCAGCACUGCUUCAACAGAUAUUUUAGUUAUUAUUUUGGCACAGAUCUGACAGGAGUAUGCCAGUGGACCUAAGCUCUGGGACAGACUUAGCUUUACACUCAUUAGAUUCUCAUAUCUGAUGCUCGAAGAGAAGCUGAAGUCAUUGCAGCUGCUAACAGAAGUAUAGAGAUUACCAUGUUCCAAUCAUAUUCAGUGGCAGCAGUAGACCUACCCUUGAUGGAGCUUGGACAUCAUGCAAAUAAAAGCUUUUUGUAUGAAGGCC